AUGACUGAAGUUUAUACCACUUUGACUGUUAACGACAUUAGUCCUCUAGGUGAGAAGAGCGAGGAUGGCAUUCCACUCAUCAGGCUUCCUAUCAAGGAAGACACCAGAGUGUUGAAGCCCACCAAGGAGGAUCUGACCGUCUCCGAGCCAGUCACUCCGGAAAAGAUUGAGGAAAAACUCAAGAUCUAUGGUGGCUGCUUCGUGAAGAACUAUCUUCCAGAGGAAGACUGUGACGCUAUCUUGAAUGAUGUCAUGCCACACUUGGAUGCCUUCAAGACUUCGGGCGAUGCCAGUAACUUCAUCUCCCCAACCACGCGCCGUGUCAGUGGAACUUGUGUUAAAUCCAAGACCGCCGCCGAGAAGUUCUUGGCUCACCCUCUCAACCUUGCCGUUUCUGAUAAGUUUCUGGGUAAGGAAAAUCUCUUCAGACUUGGAGAUGACCAGGUCGUUACCGGUCUCUCUAGAGCUCAGCACAACUCGUGUAUCACCUUCGCUGUUGGACCUGGCUCUGCUGACCAGCCUCUGCACAGAGAUGACAUUUUGCACCACAACAUCCGCAAGUACCAGGACAAAUAUGAGUUCGGUGGAGAGACUGCCGUUGGUACCGUUCUGGCCUUGAAGAAGACCAGAAAGGAAAACGGUGCCACCAGAUUCAUCCCAGGUUCCCACUUGUGGGACCACUACCGUGCUCCAAAGGAAGAGGAGACCGUUUAUGCCGAGAUGGAGAAGGGAGACUGUUUCUUCAUGCUUGCUUCCUGUUACCACGGUGGUAGCGCAAACACCACCAAGGAUGACGAGAGAAUCAUCACAAUUUUGUUCAUGACCCAAGGUACCCUCAGACAGGAGGAGAACAUCUUCUUGGGAACCCCUGUGGAGUACUUCAAGUCCUUGUCCAUUCCAGCUUUGGCAGCUCUUGGACUCCAGAUCAGUCAACCUUUCUGCGGUUGGUAUGAAAACGAAGAUCCAAUCAAGCUGCUGCUUCCUGAAAGCGGUUACGACUUUUCGCAAUUCAGGGAAGUGUACAAGGUUGUGGCUUGA